AUGGAAGAGUUAUCUGUUUCUUAUAGUUACACGGAUCAAAGUAAAUUCACCACCGCAGUUCAAAAUAUCAAAGGAGAAGCAAGGUAUUGGUGGAAUUAUAUCAACAAGAUGCGAAGAAGCUAUAAGCAAACACCCAUCACUUCGUGGACUGAAAUGAAGUGGCAUAUGAGGAGAAGAUUUGCACCAGGAUAUUGUAACAAACCAGUUCAAAACUUUUGCCACCAAAGUCACACCAAGAGGCACAAUCAUGCCGCACAAGCCCACAAGCAUCCGGAGCACGUAACCAACCCAAGGGCAAACGGUGCCUUGUUGUUUAAGGAGGUGAAAACAGAAUCCAAACAGAGCAACAUAUCUACCAAGCAAGUCAUGAUACAUCCACAAGCUGUAGCUCAAACUUCUAAGCCAAGUUCAAAGUCAUUUCUUGAACUAGAUAGAAAAGCCACCGAAGGUUCCUCUAAUCUGAUGAAUUCAAUUGAUAAGAUGAGUUAUAGGUGUCACAAAGGAGGUCAUUUUACAUUAACAUGCUCAACUAGGCAUUUGUUUAUUCCCAAAUCAUUAGAACUAAAAACAAAUGACCUUAAGGAAGAUGAUAAUCUAGUUAAAAGUGAUUUUAAAUUUCCAAAUGCUAGUGUAAUACACUUGUCUUUGUCAGUAGAUGUUGAGACAGGUCUAGGUGCAAUGGAGAAGCAUGUGGUUGAAGAAGAGAUUAUGUAUGCACAAGGACCAGACCUGAACCAAGAGACAUUAAUCGUGGAGCCCAAGUCUUAUGGAGAUGAAAAGCUUAUCGAGGAGAACAAACUAGACCAGAAAUCAACACAAGGAGAUUUCAAACCCUUUCAGCUCGAAUCAACCAACCAGCAGCAUGACAGAGGGAGUCCUCUCGUGCUUGCUGAUUAA